AUGUCAUUGACGGACUCUAAUGCGGUGGAUGUCGCUCGCAGCGCAUCACUAGCCUCUCGUCAACUCGCAACCCUGUCAAACGAAGCCCGAAACGAAGCCCUCACGCUACUACACUCGGCUCUGGACAAGAACCGAGCCAUAAUUCUCGCUGCCAACAAGAAGGAUGUCGAAUUAGCCACCCAGGCCGCAGAGGAUGGUACUCUGAACCACAGUGUCCUUAAGAGGCUGGACCUCUCCCGCCCUGGCAAGUAUGAUGACAUGUUGGAGGGAAUCUUGAGUGUCCGUGAUUUGGAAGACCCAGUUGGCAAAAUCACACUACGGACGCUCUUAGACGAAGGCCUCACCCUAGAGAGAGUCAGUUGCCCCAUCGGUGUUCUGCUGAUCAUCUUCGAGGCUCGCCCUGAGGUGAUCGCAAACAUCGCAGCACUGGCUAUCAAGUCCGGCAAUGCCGCUAUUCUGAAAGGCGGCAAAGAAUCCACAGGAUCAUUUGCAGCGAUCGCAAACGUGGUCUCGGACGCCAUUGCCGGUUCCCAAGUCCCCGUUUCAUCAAUUCAACUUGUGAAAACGCGCGAUGCGGUUUCUUCCCUUCUCGCCCAAGACUCAUUCAUCGAUCUCGUCAUCCCCCGUGGAUCUAACGAACUGGUCCGUCACGUCAAAGAGAACACCAAGAUCCCAGUUCUAGGCCAUGCAGACGGACUAUGCUCCGCCUACAUCCACUCCGACGCCAAGGUCCAAACUGCCGUGAAAGUGAUCGUCGAUUCCAAGACAGAUUACCCCGCAGCCUGCAACGCUCUCGAGACAUUAUUAGUACACGAGAGUGUGCUCGAAUCCAUUCUCCCCGAGGUUGCUUCGGCUCUAUUGGCCAAGGGAGUGUCACUACGCUGUGACCAGCAAUCCCUGGAAGUCUUAAAGAAGGUGGUGCCAGCUGAUAAAGCCAGCCAAAUCUCCUCAGCCACGGAUACCGAUUACGAAACCGAAUUUUUGGACCUGGUGUUGGCUAUCAAGACUGUUUCCUCGGCCGAGACCGCAAUUACACAUAUUAAUACCUUCCACUCUGGACAUACGGAUAUUAUCCUCACCGAAUCCAGUCAGGAAGCCAAUCGUUUCAUGAACGGCAUUGACAGUGCGGGUGUGUACUGGAACGCAUCUAGUCGAUUUGCGGAUGGCAUGAGAUAUGGAUUUGGCACAGAAGUUGGUAUCAGCACCAACAAGAUCCACUCCCGAGGACCCGUUGGUCUGGAGGGUUUGACAAUCUAUAAAUAUUUGAUUCGCGGAGAUGGUCAUGUGGCCGCAGAUUAUCAUGACGGCGCGGGGGACGGAAGUACCUUCACAAGAAGUUGGAACUCUAAACCCUCUCUUACCUAG